GCAAAGAUAAGAUAGAUGCGGCCGUUACAGGAUAGCACUGAGCAGAGCACCAUACAUACGUAUUUAUGUCAGUAUGCGUGUAUGUCCAAAUAAAAAAGGGAACUGCUUGCACACGCAUCCAUCACAUUUCCUCUCCCUCCCUUGCUCCCUUUCCAAAUUAUUAUCUAUCACGCACAUCAGCGAUCGAGUUUGCAUUGCAUUCGGGGCUUGCCAUGGCCAAACCCAUCUCUGCCGUGGCCGCCGAGGUGCGCGCGCAGCGCGGCAUCGCCCUCCCCCUCAUCGCCAUGAACCUCACCUGGUUCGCCAAGCUCGCCGUCAGCACCGCCUUCCUGGGCCGCCUCGGCGACCUCGAGCUGGCCGCCGGCACGCUCGGCUACAGCUUCGCCAAUGUCACCGGCUUCGCCGUCCUCACCGGCCUCUGCGGCGCCAUGGAGCCCAUCUGCGGCCAGGCGCACGGCGCCAGGAACGUGGCCCUCCUCCGCCGGACGCUGCUCAUGGCCACCCUCAUGCUCCUCGCCGCCUCCGUCCCCAUCGCGCUCCUCUGGGCGCGCGUCGACGCCGUGCUCCUGCGCUUGGGCCAGCAGCCCGACAUCGCCGCCGCGGCCAGGGCCUACGUGCUCGGCCUCCUCCCGGACCUCGCCGUCACCUCCCUGCUCAGCCCGCUCAGGGCCUACCUCAGCUCGCAGGAGGUGACGCUGCCCACGCUGGUGGCCGCCGCCCUGGGGCUCGCCCUCCACAUCCCACUCACCGUCCGCCUCUCCGCGAGGAUGGGCAUCCGGGGCGUGGCCGCCGCCGUCUGGCUCAGCGACCUCGCCGUGGCGGCCAUGCUCGCCGCCUACGUGGCCGCAUACGAGCUGAUCCUGCGCGGCCGGGUCCGGGACACGGACACCACCACCACCAGCUGGCUCGCGCUGCUCCGGCUGGCGCUGCCCUGCUGCCUCAACACGUGCCUCGAGUGGUGGUCCUACGAGAUCCUGGUGCUCCUGACUGGCCGCCUCCCCGACGCGCGCCGCAUGGUGGCCGUCGUCGCCGUCACGCUCAACCUGGACUACCUCCUCUUCGCCGGCAUGCUGUCCCUGUCCGUGAGCGCCUCCGUGCGCGUGUCCAACGAGCUGGGCGCCGGGGACGCGGCCCUGGCGCGCCGCGCCGCCAGGGUGUCGGUGGCGGGCGGCGCGGUGGCCGGCGUGGCGGGCGGGCUGCUCAUGCUGGCGGCGCGGCGGCCGUGGGCGCGCCUGUACACGCGCAGCCCGGAGGUCCGCGACGGCGUGGCGAGGGCCAUGGAGGUGAUGGCGGCGCUGGAGGUGGUCAACUUCCCUCUCAACGUGUGCGGCGGCAUCGUGCGGGGCACGGCGCGGCCACUUCUGGGCAUGUACGCGGUGGUCGCCGGCUUCUACGUGGUGGCGCUGCCGGUGGGCGUGGCGCUGGGGUUCAAGGCCCGCCUCGGGUUGGAGGGCCUCCUGGCGGGAUUCCUGGUGGGCGCCGCCGCGAGCCUGGCGGUGCUGGUGGCGGUGAUCGUGCGCAUGGACUGGGCGGCGGAGGCAGACAAGGCGCGGAGGCGGGCCGCCGGCGGGGGCGCCAUUCGCGAUCGCGACGAGGACAGCAACAAGCACGCCGCGCCCGCCGCGCCGCUAUCGUCAGACUGCAACUGCAAUGCUGCAGUUUGUUAAUUUAGUUACGGAGAACAUAUUAGGUGCAAAUUAAUUUUUUUUGUCAAAUUGUGCAAAUUUCAAUCUGGACCACUACAUCAACAUCCAAGAGACAUAAGAGCUCUUGUAUCUAUGAAUAGCUAA